AUGACCUGUACAACAACUGAGAGCGGUGAGCCAUUUUAUUAUCUAUAUUUUUUGGUUCCAACACUAACUCACUCCACCACCCUUCUUCCUCGCCACUUCAAGCACAGUAAUUUCUCAAGCUUCGUUCGCCAGCUCAAUACAUAUGGUUUCAGAAAGGUUGAUCCAGAUCGAUGGGAAUUCGCAAACGAAGGGUUUCUGGCAGGGCAAAAGCAUCUAUUAAAGACUAUCAAAAGAAGAAGACAUGUCACACAGGGUACGCAACAAGAAGGAGGAGGAGCUUGUGUUGAAUUGGGACAAUAUGGGUUAGAAGGUGAGCUUGAGAUAUUAAAGAGAGAUCGAGGCUUGCUAAUGGCCGAAAUUGUGAGGUUGAGGCAGCAACAACAGAAUUCAAGGGAACAAAUGAUUUCAAUGGAGGAUAGGUUACAGACCACUGAGAUGAAACAGCAACAGUUAAUGAAUUUUCUUGCUAAAGCACUCAAUAACUUUAUCCAGCAAUUUAGUCAGAUGAGUGCUCAAAGAAGAGGACUACCAGGGUGUUGA